AUGCCUUAUCAACUACGGUCGCCAGUGUCACCCCGUGGUCGCCAGUGUCACCUCGUGGUCGCCAGUGUCACCUCGUGGUCGCCAGUGUCACCUGGUGGUCGCCAGUGUCACCCCGUGGUCGCCAGUGUCACCCCGUGGUCGCCAGUGUCACCCCGUGGUCGCCAGUGUCACCCCGUGGUCGCCAGUGUCACCCCGUGGUCGCCAGUGUCACCUGGUGGUCGCCAGUGUCACCCCGUGGUCGCCAGUGUCACCUCGUGGUCGCCAGUGUCACCCCGUGGUCGCCAGUGUCACCUCGUGGUCGCCAGUGUCACCUGGUGGUCGCCAGUGUCACCUCGUGGUCGCCAGUGUCACCUCGUGGUCGCCAGUGUCACCCCGUGGUCGCCAGUGUCACCUCGUGGUCGCCAGUGUCACCCCGUGGUCGCCAGUGUCACCCCGUGGUCGCCAGUGUCACCCCGUGGUCGCCAGUGUCACCUGGUGGUCGCCAGUGUCACCUCGUGGUCGCCAGUGUCACUUGGUGGUCGCCAGUGUCACCUCGUGGUCGCCAGUGUCACCCCGUGGUCGCCAGUGUCACCUGGUGGUCGCCAGUGUCACCCCGUGGUCGCCAGUGUCACCCCGUGGUCGCCAGUGUCACCCCGUGGUCGCCAGUGUCACCCCGUGGUCGCUAGUGUCACCCCGUGGUCGCUAGUGUCACCCCGUGGUCGCCAGUGUCACCUCGUUGUCGCCAGUGUCACCCCGUGGUCGCCAGUGUCACCUCGUGGUCGCCAGUGUCACCCUGUGGUCGCUAGUGUCACCCUGUGGUCGCUAGUGUCACCCCGUGGUCGCCAGUGUCACCCCGUGGUCGCCAGUGUCACCCCGUGGUCGCCAGUGUCACCCCGUGGUCGCUAG